GAAGCAACGGCUCCAGCUAACCAUUCAAAUUACACUGUGCAAACUGAGGAACAGAUGAAGCUCAUCUGUCUCUUGAUGCUCCUUGCUUCCUUCGAUAUGGAAGCCACAAAAGCAAAUCCAGCCACUGCAGAGCCUCUGGUGGAAAGCAAAUCUCGCUUUGCCAUGCUUGAUGAUGUGCGGCUACUGGCCAAUGGGUUGCUGCACCUGGGACAGAGCCUCAAGGAGUUUGUGCAAAAGACCAAAGGCCAGAUUAAUGACAUCUUCCAAAAGCUUGAUAUCUUUGACCACUCCUUCUACCAGCUAUCUGUUGUGACCAGCGAAAUCAAGGAAGAGGAGGAGGAGCUGAAGAAGACCACCAGUCUCCUCAAGACCAACAAUGAAGAAAUCAAGAACCUGUCACUGGAGAUGAACACCAAGGUCAAUGACAUCCUUCAGGAGCGAAAUCAGCUUCAGACAAAGGUGGGGGGCUUGGAGGAGAAGCUGAGUGGUCUGGCCAAGAGUGUGAUCCCCCCAGAGCAGCUGCGGGAUAUCACAGCAUUGAAGGAAGUGAUUGAAGCUCAAGAAAAGAACAUUCAAACCCUGCUUUUCACAGUCCAAGGACAACAGGACCAGCUCAACUACCAGAGCAAAAAGAUCAAGAGUCUGGAAGAGAAGCUUAGCUAUGAAAUGUUGCAAGAGACUGCUGAAAAACUGGAAAGACUGAACCCCAGAGCAUCCAGUCUCACUGAACACCUGAACAACACCUCCUCCAACACUAGUUCUGACACUUAUGAUCUUCCAGCAGACUGUAAUGAGGUCUUCAACAGAGGAGAGAGGAUCAGUGGAGUUUACUCCAUAAAGCCAAACAAUUCAGACCCUUUCAAUGUAUUCUGUGAAAUGACUGCAGAUGGCGGAUCCACUGUUAUUCAGCGUAGACAAGAUGGGUCCGUGGAUUUUGACCAGACUUGGGAGAAGUAUGAAAAUGGAUUUGGAGAGCUUCAAAGGGAGUUCUGGCUGGGCCUGAAAAAGAUCCACAGCAUCGUCUUUCAGAGCAGUACCAUUCUGCAGAUCCAGCUAGAGGACUGGAAGGGUGACAAGCGCUCUAUUGAGUACCAGUUUGCAAUGGAUGGUCCAUCCUCUCAGUACACCAUCCACCUGCGUCAGGUGUCUGGGGACCUGCCAAAUGCCAUGGCCAACCACACCGGCAUGAGGUUCUCCACAAAAGACCACGACAAUGAUAACGACGACGAUUUCAACUGUGCAGAAAACUACACAGGUGGCUGGUGGUUCAGCGCAUGUGGGGACACCAACCUCAACGGGAAGUACAUGCGAGUGAAGCCCAAGGGCCGUGCCGAGAGGAGGAGUGGAAUUUAUUGGAGGCCUGAGAGGGGGAACGCAUACUCCAUUAAGUCUACUAAACUGUCGAUCCGUCAAGCACCAGACGAUAGCGGCUUCCACUGAAAGCAUCUCCUGGGAGACAGGACAAGCUCAUCGGCCUGUAUAAAGACAUGUAUUUGAGCAGCAAUUCAAGUGAGGGGUCUCGUUCAAACACACCAGGUCACUAUGGGAAAUUAUGGAAACACACACAGCCAUUUUCAGGGGUCAUCGGUUCUUCAAUUCAAGUUAUAAAUCAAAGCUUGUUUCUGUCUAACUUGCAUAACGCAGAGUAAAAUGAUAGCACUGUAAGACUAAACUAAACCUAAUCGAAAGAUGAUUUGUGACUGAAAUUCUACCACAUGUGGCAAAACACAUUAUGUCUCUGUCUGUAACUGUAUGUUUUCUUUGGCUGGAUGUUUUAUUAUGCCUUCAACUGAAUGCAAUUCCACACACCUGCAAACAUCAUACAUACGUAUAAAACAGAUCAAAUAAC